CGAGUGGCGGAGGCUGCGGGCCAAUGGCGUUGCGGGACGCUGGGAGGUGGGGGUCAGAGCGGGCCCCGGCGGCUGACGCGCGAGUGGAGGGCUCUGCCUCGGCCUCCUGCCGCUGCCCUCUGUAGGCUGUGGCCCGGGCGGGCCAUGGGGGCCCGGGGCUGAGCUCCUCGGUGCGGGACGUGUUUUGUGACGCAGGUUUUUUCUCUGCAUGGUGCAGAAAGAAUGAAUUCCACGAUGAGCGAGGAGCCGGAUGCCCUCUCCGUGGUUAACCAGCUGCGAGACCUAGCAGCGGACCCCCUGAACAGAAGGGCCAUUGUUCAGGAUCAAGGAUGCCUGCCAGGACUUAUUCUCUUUCUGGACCAUCCCAACCCUCAGGUUGUUCAUUCAGCUUUACUAGCUCUCCGCUACCUGGCCGAGUGCCGUGCCAACAGAGAGAAGAUGAAAGGUGAACUGGGUAUGAUGCUCAGCUUACAGAAUGUAAUCCAAAAGACCACUACACCAGGAGAGACUAAACUUUUAGCUUCUGAAGUCUAUGAUAUCCUUCAGUCUUCCAACCUGUCAGACAUGGACAGUGUGAGCGAGCAGAACUACCGGCGGCGGAAAGCGCAGUUCUUCCUGGGCAGCACCAACAAGCGCGCCAAGACCGUGGUGCUGCACAUCGACGGCCUGGACGACUCGUCUCGAAGGAACCUGUGUGAAGAAGCUUUGCUGAAAAUCAAAGGUGUCAUCAGUUUUACCUUCCAAAUGGCUGUCCAGAGGUGUGUGGUCCGAAUCCGCUCAGACUUAAAGGCAGAGGCCCUGGCCACAGCAAUAGCAUCGACCAAAGUCAUGAAGGCUCAGCAAGUGGUGAAGAGUGAGAGUGGUGAGGAGAUGCUGGUCCCGUUCCAAGACACCCCUGUGGAAGUGGAGCAGAACACAGACCUCCCAGAGUAUCUGCCUGAAGAUGAAAGCCCCACGAAGGAGCAGGACAAAGCAGUGUCCCGUGUUGGGUCACACCCAGAGGGUGCAGCCAGCUGGCUCAGCACAGCAGCAAACUUCUUAUCGAGAUCUUUCUAUUGGUGACUUGGGUUUGGUGUUCAGAGACUGUGUGGAUGAACCAGGAGGGGGCCAGUUUGCCAUGGCUGUGGUGGAACUGCCAAGUGCAAUUUGCAAUAACCCAUCCCAGGAGUUUUAGAUUAAGCAAAUGUAUGCUGCAAUUUGACAUUUUAUUGGACAUUUAGCCUGAUGGGACAGGGGUCAGAGGACAGAGGCCUCCAAGCAAACCUCUCUUUCAGUUGUUCUUGUAAGGUUUUGUUGCUUCCCUUCUCAAAACUGGGUCCACUCUUCCAUACCAAAUGUUCGUAGAGCUUUAAGUCUGGCUUCACAUGGAACACCCCCUAGGGAGAGUCUGCUUAGCCCAGGUCUCAGGGCCUCUGUGGCAGAAAAUUCUGGAGAGCUUGAGUUGUGUAUUAACUAAACCCCCUUUUUAUUUCCCCCUCCCUCUGUGACUAACCUUAUUUUGUUUCAUUUCACAGAUUUGACUUCAGAUUAAAAAUGCAGUCUGCCUCUUUCUGUGGUUUUAUUUCCUUUAUUUUUUGUGCACUGCCUGAGCAUCACCUUCCCCUCUUUGCUGUUCAACUCAAAUCACUACAGACUUGAACCUUAGAACCCUUUUCUCUAUACUGAAUUCUUUUCCAGCCUACCCUUAACCACUGGAGUGCUUAAGGACUAAGGGCCUGCCUGGGCACAGCUGUGUGUGCUGAUGUUGUGCGGUACAGAACCCAGCACGCACUUGUGAGGAUGGGUGUGACUAACCAACACCACCGACUGCUCUUUUGCUAGCUGGGGAGGCUGGAGCUGGAAAAGCUGUGGUGCUGAUGACCCAGUGCAGCUCUGUCUGCAGAGAAGAAAGAGGUGGAGGCUGUGUUUGGGUAAGGAAUGGUGUUUGCUGUUAGUGGGUGGUUAGUGGUAACUGAAACUUGAAGGAGGAAGCAGAGCUGAAUGCCUCUAUUGCCACAGUGCCACACAGAGACUCUGGCUGUAACCCUUUCUAGUUUGUUUUAUUUCUUCCCUAUCAAAUCUGACCUGUUAAUUGCUGUUCCUGAUGAGGCUCCAUGGAGUGCAUCAGCUUGGACAGUCUUCAGAACAUCUGCAACCCACUGGCUUUACCUUUACAGCCUAGGUGUGAAGAUCUCUUCGAUGAUUUCUAUGAGCAGAAGUGACACUGAAAGCAAAACUUCUGUUGGUAGAGAAUAACAAAGCAUCUGGGAGCUGCUGGUGAGCACUGGGUGUGUGCCCGAGGGCAUUCAGUGCACAGGGCUUGGAAGCUGCAGUGCCACUGCUUUGCUGCACAAGCUCUAAACAAGGUUAUCAGCCUCUAAACAGUGGUAUCGACCUCAUCAUGCAAUGCUUUUGUGUGGUAUUUGUGAUAAUGCUCAUUCUGUUUACCACUUGGAGACUCAGAAAAUGCAUCAGAGUUGAUUCCUGCCUGCCCAUGCAGGAGGAAUACCAACAACUAAGCAGCACAGGCUGUUGUAGUAGCGCUGAGGAGAUGGUGAUGUCAGAGGAUAAUGCUGGGCAGAGCUCACCCCACCCCAGGUGUCCUUUUAGGAUCAGAAAGGAACAGAAGCUUGCUGGCAGCUGAGGUGUGUCUGGUUUUGCCUCUGUCUGGUUUGGGUUUGAUCCAGAUUUACACGCACAGAUUGCAAAUACAGGCUUCCCAGGGCAUGUAUUGCUUUAGAUGUGUGCUGCUGCUCAUCUUGCUGUCUCCAGUGUACCAAAUGUGUUUUGAGAAGUCCUCUGGAUGCAGAGCUUCCUUGGUCUGCAGUCACAUGUUUGCAUUUGCAUUGCUGCACAUGGAUUUAGGGCAAGACUGCAGCCUGUGGGUGUCAGUGGUUGGAUCCCAGUAGGUAUGGCAGCCUGUGUGUGCAUUCGGUCCUAGCUGUGCUUUCCUGACAGUAUUGCAGCUCUUGUAGAACAGUUUAAGGCAUCUGUACAAGUUUUUGAAAUAUAUUGUAAAAUAAUAAAGGAUAAUAUAACUGA